AUGCCUUCUGGAAGUUCUGCACUCAGAGAGGUGUUUUCGCAACUCUCGUGGAGAGACAAGCUUCUUCCACCCGCUAUCGUGAUAUGCAUAGUGGUCGGUAUUGUGAUCUCAGUCUAUGCUCCUCAAUCUCAAAAGGCCUUUGAAGGUGCAGAAGUACUAAGGGUGUCUGUGCCUUUGGCAAUAGGAAUGAUCAUAAUGAUUGUGCCCCCUUUAUGUUGUUUACAAUUAGAAAACUGGCGCAUGUUCUUAAAGAAACGUAUGUUGAAGCAGCUGGCCAUUUCACUUGUGCUAAAUUGGAUAGUGUGUCCAUUUUUUAUGCUUUCUUUGGCUUGGAUGACCCUUUUUGAUCUUGACGAAUACAGAAACGGCAUCAUUUUGAUUGGCCUUGGUCGUUGUAUUGCGAUGGUAAUGAUUUGGAAUCAGAUAGCACAUGGAGACGAGAAUCUUUGUGCAAUCUUGGUUAUCGCAAACAGUCUUCUUCAACUUGUGCUUUAUGCACCUUAUAAAAUUUUCUUUUGUGAUAUAUUGGGUGGUGCUGGGAACCUAACUACGAGUUCUCAAAGUAUGACGGAGCUAUAUAGCACUGUUGCCAAAACUGUCGGCUUCUUUCUUGGUAUUCCACUUGCCCUUGGUGUUAUCAUUCGUGCCAUAGGUGUAGGUUUAUUUGGAAAGAAAGUUUACGAGUCCCGAAUCAUAAAAUUCAUUAGUCCUUGGAGCACCAUUGGUUUGCUUUACACCAUCGUUGUUAUAUUUAUUAACAAGGGAGAUGCCUUUAUAAGCGAUAUAGGCACGUCAUUCCGGUGUUUUGUGCCACUAGUUGCAUAUUUUGUCAUCGUAUGGUUUUCAGUGUUCUUUGGGUUGCGAAUAUGUUUUGGAAGAGGCAGCAAACCUCGAGAAGAGGAGCGGGGCCUUCUUUGUGGAUGUGAAAAGCAGCUUCAGAGUGGGGUUGACUCCAAAAUGUGGAAACGGUACUGUGCCUCUAGUUAUCCUGAAAUCGCAACGCAGAGUUUUACCGCUGCCUCUAACAAUUUUGAGUUAAGUCUCGCUGUAGCCAUCUCAUUGUAUGGUGUCGAUAGUCAGCAGGUAGUUGCAGCAACUUAUGGUCCGUUAUUGGAGAUUCCCGUGCUCAUUAUCUUGACUGUGGUUUCCCGUUACUUUCAGAUUGCCUUUUUAUGGAGUGAUGAGGAGUAG